AUGGUUCCCGAGGCAUCGACUUGCCAAAUCCAAUCCAGCAGUGCAGAAGAUCUGGCCCCUAAGCGGGAGGUCAAAGGAGCUCGAAGGGUGCGUAAUGCCUGUCUUCAAUGUAGAGAACGAAAAAUACGCUGCUCACGGACUUACCCGUGCAAAGGAUGUGUCUCCCGAGGGGAUGGCGCUGCAUGUGAUUGGCAAGGCGGCUUUCCGACUGGAAACAUACCGAUUUACCAGAAACAUGCGGCAGACCAACGACGUGAAAUUGAAAGGUUGAAAGACAGGUUAACAAGUGCGAAAGCUUGUCUAGGUUCAGCAUUGCAGAAUAACCCGAACUUCAAGCUCGAAGUUGGCCAUCAUCAAACGAGGCCGGCGUUUAUCCUUCCAACAACUCCAAGAGAAGAGUCCCUGUCAUGGUUUUCAACUGGAUCGAACGAUCAGCCACCUGGAUCGGCAUUGAGUAACAUCAGUAGCUUCAGUGCGAACACGGUCGAUUCUUCUCAAGGCUGGUCGCAUGACGAAGCCACAUCACCCACGAGCGCGACCCUCCAAACGACGAUUUGGAAAGAGCGCAACCCAUCGCGCUUGUUUGAGAUGCGACAUAAGACAACGGGAUAUCGUCCAUUGAGUCUACUGCGCGAAGAAGACGAGCUGGCUGUCCAGGGUUCUCGGCCGUAUACCGCCUCGCAUCCAGUUCUGAGGAGACAUACGAGUUCUGAUAAGCCAUUAGCCUCAGUAAAACCUCCAAUUCAUUCAGGUUGGAGCUCAGAUUUUCUCGACUCGAUUGUGCCGCGCGGGAGGAUUCCUGAUGCGGCAUACGAGAUAUCGAAUUCAAAGGCUUGCCAAGAAGCCGUCACACCCGAGGGCAACUCCAGUUAUCAUAGCACCAGCGACCUCCAAGAGGGCAUGCCGGCUGUCCAUCGAAUCCAUUUCCCUACUUCACUCCCACCGAAUCGACCCAAUUGGCAAUACAGUGCACCCAAGGAUGGGCGGGCUGUCCAUAAUCAUGAGGGCCAAAGUGGAAACCCAGCCAAAGUCGAAUCCCAAUCACCUAUUACACCUAGCAGACACAAUUUGGGCUUCAGUCUCCCUUAUAUCUCCUCACUCAGAGCAGAUGAAACCUUGCCAGGUGGAGUUAGAAACACGUGCCAACAACACUACUUACCACAGCGACAAUAUCUCGGUGGACAGGAUGUCGAGCCUGUUACUAGGCCUACUAUGUUGAACACCCGUGAUAUUCCGUGGAGUAGUGACGGCCAUUCUCCAAAUCUGGAGCAACGAAUCCAAUCCAAUGUAGCUGUGGGCUUAGUCAACAUGGGCGAGCAGUAUAGUUUGUUGCCAUCGACAUUCGGCAUAGCUCCCACGACGGGUUCUUCUUCCCAGCUGCCCACGUACAACCCAAACAACGCAACAAAUUGGCCUCCAGUGCCACGAUAA